GUCAAAAAGCAUCUCCACCCAGGCGCUCGCCCUCCUCAGCACACAUCGCUCAUCCCAGCCGUGCCCGCAACAAUGGACGUCAACGAAUUCCGCAAGAGAGGCCACGAGGCCGUCGAGCGAAUCGCCCGUUACUACGAGCAGGAACUCGCAAACCACAACGUUCAACCGACCGUCCAGCCUGGAUUUCUGAAGAGCCUCUUGCCCGCAGAGGCACCCGAAGAGGGCGAGUCUUGGGAUGCCAUCCAGCAGGACUUUGAGAGCAAGAUCAUCCCGGGCGUCACGCACUGGCAAAGCCCCAACUUUUUCGGGUUCUUCCCGGCCAACUCGUCCUUUCCCGGCAUCAUCGGUGACAUGUACUCGGAUAUGCUCAACGGCAUCGGAUUCAACUGGAUGGCGUCGCCUUCGUGCACCGAGCUCGAGACAAUCACCUUGGAUUGGAUGGCCAAGCUGAUCGGACUCGACGACGGGUUCCUGUCGGAGAGCGAGGGAGGCGGCGUGAUCCAGGGCAGCGCUUCCGAGGCUGUCGUGGUCGCCAUGCUUGCGGCCAAGAAGAGGGCCAUGCUGCGAUCCGAGGGACUCGACGAGCGAAAGCUCGUCGCCUAUGUGUCCUCGCAGUCCCACUCUUGCGGCCUCAAGGCGUCCAUGAUCAUCGGCGUGCAAUGCAAGGUCCUCGAUGUCGACGCCGACUUUGCUCUGUCUGGGGCCAUUGUGCGUGCCCAGAUCGAGGAAGACCUCAAGGCAGGGCUGGUGCCGUUCUUCAUCCACGCCACCAUCGGCACCACCAGUUCCGGCACAGUCGAUCACAUUCCAGAGAUUGUCGAGGCUGUUGUUGGAACCGAUGUCUGGGUCCACAUCGACGCGGCCUGGGCCGGCCCUGCACUCAUGUGCGAAGAGUAUCGGCACCAUGGGGCUGGUGUUGACAGGUCCGACUCGUUCUGCAUGAACGCCCACAAGUGGAUGCUGACCAACUUUGACUGCUCGCUGUUGUGGGUCAAGCACAGACGCUACCUCCUUGAUGCCCUGAGCCUUACCCCAGCCUAUCUGCGCAAUAAGGAGACCGAGUCGGGGCUGGUGACGGACUACAAGGACUGGCAACUCCCCCUUGGCCGUCGAUUCCGCUCGCUCAAGCUCUGGUUCGUCCUGCGAACUUAUGGCGCCCAGGGCAUCCGUGCCCACAUCCGCAAGCAUUGCGAUCAAGCUGCCCACUUUGAGAGUCGUCUUCGCGCCGAAUCCCUCUUCAGGGUCGUCACCCCCCGCAGUUUUGCGCUGGUGACCUUCCAGGUCGAUGCCCCCACUCUCGAGGAGCGUAACCGCCGUACCGAGUGGGUCUACAACCAAGCCAAUGCCACCCGCCGGAUCUUCAUCACCAGCACCAAGCUCCGCGAUCAAUACGUGAUCCGAUUCGUUCCAGGCAGCCCCCAUACCGAGAUGGCCCAUGUCGACGGUGCCUUUGACAUGAUCCGCGAGUUUGCUGCUUCCGUGCCAAACUCGGAAUGAGGCCGAUUCGGUCGACUCAAAGGAAACAAUCUGGAACUGGCCUCAAAGUCAUAUCUAUACUGAAAUCCGGCACCCACAACAGCUGGACCGGAAUGCCUUGUUUGAGGGACGUCCUGUUGAGUGUAUUCGGACACCAUGUUGGCAACGGAUUAUGAAGGUGCACAUGGUGGCAGCUUCUGAAUAUAUACAUGUCUAUUCAACGAGC